GCAGUUGUUAGGGAGGGCGGGCCCGUUUCCGGGAGGCGCGUGGGGCUUGAGGCCGAUAACGGCUCUUGCUGCUACCAACAUGGAGACUUUGUACCGCGUCCCGUUCUUAGUGCUCGAAUGUCCCAACCUGAAGCUGAAGAAGCCUCCCUGGUUGCACAUGCCGUCGGCCAUGACUGUGUAUGCUCUGGUGGUGGUGUCUUACUUCCUCAUCACCGGAGGAAUAAUUUAUGAUGUUAUUGUUGAACCUCCAAGUGUCGGUUCUAUGACUGAUGAACAUGGACAUCAGAGGCCAGUAGCUUUCUUGGCCUACAGAGUAAAUGGACAAUAUAUUAUGGAAGGACUUGCAUCCAGCUUCCUAUUUACAAUGGGAGGUUUAGGUUUCAUAAUCCUGGACCGAUCGAAUGCACCAAAUAUCCCAAAACUCAAUAGAUUUCUUCUUCUGUUCAUUGGAUUCGUCUGUGUCCUAUUGAGUUUUUUCAUGGCUAGAGUAUUCAUGAGAAUGAAACUGCCGGGCUAUCUGAUGGGUUAGAGUGCCUUUGAGAAGAAAUCAAUGGAUACUGGAUUUGCUCCUGUCAAUGAAGUUUUAAAGGCUGUACCAAUCCUCUAAUAUGAAAUGUGGAAAAGAAUGAAGAGCAGCAGUAAAAGAAAUAUCUAGUGAAAAAACAGGAAGCGUAUUGAAGCUUGGACUAGAAUUUCUUCUUGGUAUUAAACAGACAAGUUUAUCACAGAAUUUUUUUUCCUGCUGGCCUAUUGCUAUACCAAUGAUGUUGAGUGGCAUUUUCUUUUUAGUUUUUCAUUUCUUAAAAUAUAUUCCAUAUCUACAACUAUAAUAUCAAAUAAAGUGAUUAUUUUUUACAACCCUCUUAACUUUUUUGGAGAUGACAUUUCUGGUUUUCAGAAAUUAACAUAAAAUCCAGAAGCAAGAUUCCAUAAGCUGAGAACUCUGGACAGCUGAUCAGCUUUACCUAUGGUGCUUUGCCUUUAACUAGAGUGUGUGAUGGUAGAUUAUUUCAGAUAUGUAUGUAAAACUGUUUCCUGAACAAUAAGAUGUAUGAACGGAGCAGAAAUAAAUACUUUUUCUAAUUAA